AUGGCUAGUGAAAAAGAUGAUUCACUUCAAGUCUUGCCACCCAAACGAUCUCCAACAGCUGCAGCUGUUUCAUCUCGUCGCGAAUCUUCUGCCGGUCCUACAGUGUCGCUUACUGCAGAGCAAUUUCAGAAGCUUUGUUCUACCCAUCAGCCUAAUGCCUUGUCCAUGAUUUCCCAUUCUUCAUGUUUGCCUUCCUCAUCUUCUUCAGGAUCCUCACUCCAAGAAGCUGAUUGGGACAGGCCGUAG